AUGUCCUUCUCGGCAGCGUCUCGGCUCGUAGGCCACAGUGCCAAGCGCCUCUGCCUCCGACCAGCUCGAUCUCUCAUCUCGCGGCCCAUCUCGACGACAGCUCUCCGGAGAUACGCGGAGCCUCACGACCUCGGAAUCAAGUUCGUGCCCACCGACGAGAACUUUUCCAACGCCAAUGACCCCCAUGGCCUCAAUGGCAACGGCUCUGCCACAAAGUCGCGCGACGAGGAUAUCGAGUCCCGAAAAAUCCGACACUACACCGUCAACUUCGGACCUCAACAUCCUGCUGCCCACGGUGUGUUGCGGUUGAUUCUCGAGUUGAGCGGAGAAGAGAUUAUUCGCGCCGAUCCCCACGUUGGUCUGCUUCACCGAGGUACCGAGAAGUUGAUCGAGUACAAGUCGUAUCUCCAGGCCCUCCCUUACUUCGACCGUCUCGACUACGUCUCCAUGAUGACCAAUGAGCAAUGUUUCUCCCUCGCCGUCGAAAAGCUUUUAAACGUCGAUAUCCCGAUCCGGGCCAAGUAUAUCAGGACUAUGUUUGGCGAAAUUACCCGCAUUCUCAACCAUCUGAUGUCUGUCCUCUCCCACGCCAUGGACGUUGGUGCUCUCACUCCCUUCUUGUGGGGUUUCGAAGAACGUGAAAAGCUGAUGGAAUUCUACGAGCGUGUCUCUGGUGCCCGUCUCCACGCUGCCUAUGUCCGUCCCGGUGGUGUCAGCCAGGACAUUCCCGAGGGUCUUCUUGACGACAUUUACCAAUGGGCUACCCAGUUCGGUGACCGCAUCGACGAGACCGAGGAGAUGCUUACUGAUAACCGUAUCUGGAAGUCCCGUCUAGAAGGUGUUGGUGUCGUCUCUGCCGCUGAGGCUCUGAACCUCUCGUUUUCUGGUGUCAUGCUCCGAGGUUCCGGUAUCCCCUGGGAUAUCCGAAAGAGCCAGCCCUACGAUGCCUACGAUCAGGUCGAGUUCGACGUUCCCGUCGGUGUCAAUGGUGACUGCUACGACCGAUACCUCUGCCGCAUGGAGGAGUUCCGCCAGUCUCUGAGGAUCAUCCACCAGUGCCUUAACCAGAUGCCCGCCGGCCCCGUCCGUGUCGAGGACUACAAGAUCUCCCCUCCUCCCCGAGCCGCCAUGAAGGAGAACAUGGAAGCCCUCAUCCACCACUUCCUUCUCUACACCAAGGGUUACGCCGUUCCCCCCGGCGAGACGUACUCCGUCAUCGAGGCUCCCAAGGGUGAGAUGGGUGUGUACGUCGUCAGCGACGGUACCGAGAGGCCUUACCGAUGCCACAUCAGGGCGCCUGGUUUCGCCCAUCUUGGUGGAUUCGAUCACGUAUCAAAGGGGCACUUGUUGGCUGAUGCUGUCGCCGUUAUCGGAACAAUGGAUUUGGUGUUCGGUGAGGUCGAUCGGUAG